AUGGACCAGAACCUCAGCGCCACCAACCAGUCCUGGGCCGCACAGGAGCCCCCGUGGGGCCGGGGGGACAUCACCUACGUGGACCUGUACCUUCACAAGCCGUCGGUGGCGGCCGUGUUCACCGCUUCCUACCUGCUGAUCUUCCUGAUGUGCAUGCUGGGUAACGGCGUGGUGUGCUUCAUCGUGCUGCGCAGCAGGAACAUGCGCACCGUCACCAACAUCUUCAUCCUCAACCUGGCCAUCAGCGACCUGCUGGUGGGCAUCUUCUGCAUGCCCACCACACUGGUGGACAACAUUAUCACAGGAUGGCCUUUUGACAACAUAGUGUGCAAACUAAGCGGGAUGGUCCAAGGAAUCUCAGUGUCGGCAUCCGUCUUCACGCUGGUGGCCAUUGCUGUUGACAGAUUCCGCUGCAUCGUCUACCCGUUCAAGCAGAAGCUGACCAUUGCCACCUCCAAGCUCAUCAUUGUGGUCAUCUGGGUCCUGGCCGUGUCCGUCAUGUGCCCCUCCGGCGUCAUGCUGCAGGUCACCAAGGAGCCCACCGUUCGCAUCGUCCUGCGACGCGACAAUGACACCCGCCCCUUCAACUGGUGCCGGGAAAACUGGCCCAGUCAGGCCAUGCGGAAGCUCUACACCACCGUGCUCUUUGUCACCAUCUACCUGGCCCCGCUCAGCCUCAUCGUUGUCAUGUACGCCCGCAUCGGCCUGGCGCUCUUCAAAAGCACCAUCCCCGCCCUGAGGGGUAGCGGGAUCGGACCCGUCAAGGGUGGCGUCGGCAGCAAUAAGGCCAACGUGGAGGCUCGGCAGGCCAUCCCCAAGAAGAAGAAGAGGGUGAUCAUGAUGCUGUUGGUGGUGGCGCUGCUCUUUGUGUUAUCCUGGCUGCCGCUGUGGACCCUGAUGAUGCUGAGUGACUAUGCCAGCCUGAACGAGUACCAGCACCGCGUGGUCAACAUCUACCUGUACCCUCUGGCGCACUGGCUGGCCUUCUUCAACAGCAGCGUCAACCCCAUCAUCUACGGCUUCUUCAACGAGAACUUCCGCAGGGGCUUCAAGGCCGCCUUUAAAUUCCAGCUGUGCUCCGCCAUAACCGAGCACCAGAGGAGCUUUUCGCACCGUGCCCGGGGGAAUGCCAUCCUCCCGAUCCAGCCGGCCACCCUGGGGAGAGCAGGGUCGGGACCGAGGGCCGGGGCGGUGAGGAGCGAGAGGGGCUUGAGUCAGGAAGCCACGAGGUGCGACACCAGAGAUCAGGACCUGAUCGUGGAGGAUCUGGAGAAGAUUUCUCAGAUUUAGACCAAGACCUAAACCAUUACGCUCAUAGAUUAGAAACACUUAGAACCUCUAGUCAUCUUACACAAACAGACAAUUAGUGAUGUGAUUGACUGCAGCUGACAGUUUCUCUUUGGCAGCAUAAAGAAUGCUUGACAACAUUGACAUAUGAAUACCGGUUAUGGAAUGGAUGACACAGGCCACCAUUAAGUUUCCAGUGUGGCCUUCCUAAAGCCCCAAACCCAACAGUAUACAACCUUU